AUGUGCGAUUCCGAGAUGUGUAGUGAAUUGGAACUGAAGACGAGGACGAACGAGACGGAGGUGUGUGGGCUAUUGUCGCUGCCCAAUGAGCUGCUUGUGGACAUCCUGGCUAAGGUGUCGAGAUUGGACCUCGUGGCCUUAGCUAUGGUCUCCAGGACACACGGGUGUGCCGCAGUGUCCCAUAAUUUCAGGCGCUGGAGAUAUCGGAAGGGUAGCGUCGACCCAUAUCUGUACGUGCUUAUGCACGUGUACCCCGAUCCAAUCCCACGGUGGUUCAUCCUCCACCCCGUGCAACGUCGCCUGAAACCGGUCCACUCGGUCUUGUAUCCGGUCCCGGAAGCAGGAUCCUGUUUCGUGGUGACGGAUUGGGGGAUCUAUACGAUCGGUGGACUCGUGGACGGCGAACCCACGUCGGAAGUCUGGUUUUUCGACUGUAUCGACCACACGGUGUACCACGUCUCGCCCAUGAAGAUGGCUCGAUCCGGAGCAUCGGCGAGCCUGAUAGACGGGAAGAUAUACGUGUUUGGAGGGUGCUGGCACGAUGACACUGAUUCCUCAAAGUGGGGUGAUUCAUACAACUGGACGGAGGUGUAUGAUAUCGAGACCGGAACUUGGGAGCCGUUGUUUGUAUAUACGCACAAGAUGCCCCGCAAGAUCCAACAGAGCGUGGUGACAGAGGAGAAGCAGGUUUACGCGGUGGAUGAGGACGGUGAGUCCUUUUCCUUCUCGCCGAUUAGAGGUAUGUUUGUGCAAGACGGGAAAACAGAGUCUAACCCGGAAGAUAGAAAGGAUUGGCUUUUAUUCGAGACAUUGCUCUGCCGUGGUACCGGCGGGAGGAUACUGUGGCGUUUCCCAUGUGAGGUGGAGUGGAAGGAAGUGAAGGGCUUGGAAGAGCUCUGUGGUUUUGAGUUGAUCAAACUCUGCAUCUUCUCUGCAGAGAGGAUCGCCAUCUUCUGGAAAGCCCGGCCUCAAGGUCCUGAUCAGGUUCUGGAGCUUUGGUAUGCCGAGAUUUCCCUCAGGAGACAAAAGGAAGGCGAGACUUGGGAGGUGUUGGGGAACAUUGAGUGGUCCGGUGCUGUCCUCUCAGACUCAUCAUGCACUGACCUUCACUUGUUGUAUGCUGCUUCUGUCUAUGCCUGA